CCUUAGGACCCAAGAUUGCUACCACCAAGGCCCUCCACAUUUGCCGAAAGUGAAAAGCACAACUUGAAUAAAGAAAAAGAAAACACCCUUCUUCUUAUUUAUAUAUUUUGCUUUUGUUUAGUUGGCUUUAAUUUCAUUUCUUAGUUGCAAAUUCUCCAAAACCUUUUAUUUUAUCAUGGGAGCGGGGCAUCUUUUGGCUGCAACGUUUGCAAGAGUAGCUGUACUAGUUUUAACAGAAAGGACAGGACGUGUUGCUUGACUGGACAGGACUCUUUUUUUAGUUUAUGUUCCUCCUAGAAUCCCAUCUGCAUUUCAAACCCCUCUUUCUCUCUGCCUAAUCCAUAGAAGAAGCUAGUCUCUGCUCUCAAAGUAUAGUUCCACGGCACUUCACGUUGUGAUCUUGUGCUCUUUCUUGUUUGGUUGUUGCCGUGGAUCAUUGCUCUCUUUGUAGCCUUCGCUGCUGUCGACUGUAUCAGAUUUAAUGUCACGCCGUGGUUUGGGGAAGAAGCUUCUUCCUGCCAAGAAGGCAUGGAAGGCGAUCACCGACAAUAUCCGCUCGAGGCUGAACAAGCUCAAGAACUCUAGGUUCAUCAAAGAAGCCUCGCACCGCUUGCUCUCCUCGCGGUUCACACGUUAUCUCAUCUCAUUGACCUUCAAAGGGCAUCGCUCUCUCAGCAGGACUAGUCCAUACACGGCUCGCCAUCCUCUUCAUCACAAUUACCACCACUACAAGUAUCAGGGUUGCGAUUCUUAUGAGAAGAACUUUGCGCCUAUAUACAUAGAUGAGCUCUUCGACGAGCCCUUGUCUGUGAGUUCCUCCAAGACUACCGCUUGUGUGAAAGGAGAAACCAGCAGGUCAAGAACUGAGGUUGAAGAAAGAAAACUAGCAGGAGAGAGGAAUGGGGAGAGAGAGUGCGACAUCGAUGAACAGUGGAAGGCCAUCGUCGCAAUGUCGCCGCAGCUGCGCGUGGACGAGAGAGCGGAGGAGUUCAUCUCCAAGUUCAAGGAGGACAUGAAACUCCAGAGGGAAAGGUCUGAUAUUGAAUUCCAGGAGAGGUUGAAACGCAGCGUAUAGUCCCAGAUUUUCUGAGUGCUUUCUAUUUUCCUUCCUUUUUCGGUUUGUUCGAUUGGAAUUUGAGUCAUUUUCAUCUUUCUCUUCCCUUAUAUCUCUUGAUGGGUGAAGAACAGAAGUACUGGUGGUUCUAUAACAUUUGUAGGUUUCAUAAGUUGUGUAUAGGUUGUCUAGGAAUGUUUGGAUUUUGUUUCUGGAAGUAACACUCUGUGUGGCUUUUGUCAAGAGGACCAGAGACUGCUAAGAAAAGGUUUGGAUUUGUAUACAAUGCUUGUGUUUUCUUCUGUCCCAAAUGGUGAAAUGGACAUUUUAAGUUUGAAAGAGCUGUCAA